CUGCCACAUCCUGCCACUUUCCGUUGCUGUUUUUGCCUGCCAUGUCCCCUGUGGGCGAUGAAAGACUAGACUUACUUCACGGUGAGCUGAAGGAGGACACGUGACAAGCUUGCUCAGUCGCCUUCGCCCCAGUCGACUCCCCAAAGAAGUGCAAUGAUGUGCCAUUGCUAUUCUUGUUGCUUUGAUGAACCUGCAUCCAUUGCAUCUACCAGAUGGUGGCCGACGCGGCUCCUGCUUUGCGCUGCCCCGGCCGCGCUCCUCCUUUGCCUCGUGGCCGCCGCGGCGACGCCCGGUCGGCGCGGCGCCAUCGGCGCGGUGUCGGACCAGGUGCAGUUGCAAGAAACCUCUGGAUGUCCCGCAGCUUGCGGCACCGAGGGGGUCGCUUGCACUUCCGGGGCUGUCAAGCCGGUCAUCACUACGAGCACGACGAGCAGCACCACGAGUAGUACGCCGGAAGAGAAGGAGGUUUUUUGGGAAAGUGGUGGUGAGUUGGCAGACGUCGAAACCUGGCGCAUGAACGUGGUGCAGCUCAAUGCCCUCCACGGCGGCCUUUGGCGGAUCCACUUCAACGCCCAGGUCUUCACUCCCUUGGGAGGCUUCAAUGUGGGGAGCAGUCCAUUUCCCAGGAGCUUUCCCGAGUUGGAAUCGGGUAAUUACCACUUCGUGACUUGGGCCAAUGUGAAUCUGCCUUGUGCACUGAAUCCUGGAUCGGAAGAAGCUGGAACCAGGUUAGAAAUCAGCAGCACGAACUUUUUCGCGGAUACCCUUGCAGUCUUCGACGAGGGCGAGUCUGAUCCAGCUUGGAAAGUGACCAUUACUCAUUGGCACCCACUGAUUGGCGAGCGUCGUUUGCAAAAUUCCUCGCUCGCGAACGCCGAACUGAGCCCGCGCCGAAUGCAAGAAGUCUUCCGUUGCCCGGAUGGCUGCGAAAUCCCGGCCCUCUAUGUGAAUGAUGACUUCUGCGAUUGCUCCAACUGCGCCGAUGAAGUGGAUUGGACCUGUGGCACCUGCAACGACCAAGAAGAGGAAGAGGUCGCCACGGGUGUCGGCGUGGGCGUGGGCGUCAGUGCCGGACUGGCCUUGGGCAUUGGCUUGGGAGUUGGCCUGGGCACUGGUGUCGGUGCGACUGGAACGGCCAGUGCCGGUGUCGCUGGAGUGGUCGGGUUGCUGGCCUUAGCGGCGCAAGGGCUUUUGAGGCUUCGAGUGUCAAGCGGCACGCUGCAAGACCCUGACGUCGUCAAUGCGUUGAAGGAAACGAUUGCUCGACUCUCCGGUAGCGGUGUGAAGGCCGCUGCGGUGGAGCUCAUCAUCAAUUGUGUCAAUGCUGCAGCUCCGGCAAGCAACCUGCCAGCGCUGCCAGCAGUGACACUCCCACAUGAUGGGGAUGGCCAAAGCCCAAGAAACAAGCCGAAGGUGCGGCGAUUGACUGGAGUACUGCCACGGCUGCCACGGCUACUGCAAGCGUUGGCGGGUGUUGAGGUGGGCGUGUGCUUUCAGGUGCAAGUUGCUGACACCUCUGCGGAGGAGGUUUGCCAAACCCUCAACGGUUAUGACUCCGCCACGGUGCAGGCAGUGCUGUCCUCGGAACUGGAAUCCGCAGGGGUUCAUCCUCAAGAGGUCACAGUGAUCGGAUAUGAUGCAAGUCCAAAUCCCCGGUCCUACCAUGCGCUGGACACGGAUGACGCGAACUUCUUCGCCCCUGCUUCCGGUGUCAGCUUGGGCAGACUCUGAGCUGUGACAGGACUAGAUUGCUGAUUUGUUUCGGCGCAGGCAACAUUGCACCGAACAACGCCCAAAUGGGAUGAACUCCCGCAAUUGUUUACACACUGGGCUGCAGUCUCUGCAACAACACCUUGCACGGAUAUGCUUGUUUUUAUCCUUUUUAGUUUUCCAUAAAUAUAUCCGAAAUAUUCGGAUAUUUUACUGCAAGACAAACCAUGAAUAACAC